AUUUAACCAUUGAAGAAUUAAAACAAGAAAAAAAUGUAUUUUAUAAGUUUGUCAGUUCUAUUAAUCAGCUUUAUUGCAUUAGCAAAAUCAAAUAUCGAAAUUUCUCCUUUUAUGUCGGCUGGAACUGAGGUUCAAUUUGCAGAACUUCCGUUUUUGAUAUCAAUUCAACAAGGUUCCGUUCAUCUCUGCACAGGAUCCUUAAUAAGUGAAAAAUUCAGCCUCUCAUCCGGUCGAUGUAAUUCGUAUCGCAACAUUUCACUCUUGACAAUCGAAUAUGGAAGUUCAGUUAUUAAUCCAGGAAAUAAAACGAGGCAAAACAUUGUCGGAGUCUCAAAAAUAAUUUUUCAUCCGAAUUUCAAUUUUACAACUAUCGAGAAUGACAUUGUAAUUAUUGAAUCCACAUCGGAAAUUAGACUUACUGACUUCUAUGAAGCUUAUGCACAUAUCGCUUCGAGUGGUGCCAGAUUUUCGAGUGGAAUGGUUGCUACACAUGCAGGUUGGGGUGAUGUGGCUCCCAACGUCCGCAGCAAAGUCCUCCAUCGAGCAAAUCUAAGAAUACUUUCGCAAGCUGAAUGCAUUGAAGCUGCUGGUGAGACAAAAUAUCCAUUUUUCAACACCAUUUGUGCUAUGGAUGAGAGUGUUGUCUGUGCUGGUGACUUAGGUGCUCCAUUGCUUGUGAAUCGAGUUGUUGUCGGUAUUUCGUCAUUUAGGAAUGGCAAUGAGUGUGUCAGUACACCUGGAAGAUAUCCGAAUGCUUAUAUUGGUGUCUCUUUUUAUACUCGAUGGAUUGAGGAAGUAACUGGAAUUAGUUAUCGUGUUAAUACUUUUUUGAGUAGAAAUUGAUGAAAUAAAGUUAAUAUUUUUUGAGU